UAAGUAUUACGCAUUUUUACUCAACUAUCUCGGAUUUGAGCCUUGUGUAUGGCGCGAACCCGGAAUAGCCGGCACCAGUACCGGACACCAAUGAGUAACAGGGGAAAAAACUAGUACUAUCUUAAGAUAAGACUUUGGCAAUUCAUUAUAAAUAGUUGGACAGGACUACAAUUGCUACUGCACAGAUAGCCUACAUUACUUUCUUGUUGAAUAUUUGCUCACAUUCUCCAUCAAUGGAAUCGUGCUGCAUUGAGCAAUUUCUCGAGGGAAAGACCAUUUUCAUCACUGGUGUAACAGGCUACCUAGCAAAGAUUCUCACUGAGAAGAUACUCAGAGUCCAACCAAAUGUGAAUAAGCUUUACUUGCUAAUAAGAGCUCCAGAUUCAAAUUUAGCGAAACAACGCUUUAACAACGAGGUUAUAAAAACUGAUCUGUUCGGAGUUCUGAGGGAGAAGUUGGGCACCAACCUACAUGGCUUUAUCGAAGACAAAGUUUUCCCAGUUGUAGGGGAUAUAGAUUGUGAUAGUUUGGGGAUAAAUUCUGAGCUGAAAGAUGAGAUGUUCAGAGAAAUAGACAUAAUUGUAAACUCAGCUGCAACAACUAGAUUUGAUGAAAGAUAUGAUACUGCAAUUAGGACCAAUGUAUUGGGUGCCCUGCAUGUUCUCAAUUUUUCCAAGCAGUGUUCAAAACUUAUGAUGCUUCUCCAUGUAAGCACAGCCUAUGUUUGUGGGGAAAAGGAAGGAUUGAUACUAGAGAAGCCAUUAAACUACGGUGAGACGCUUAAUGGAAGCUCUCACUUAGACAUAGACGUGGAGCAAAAGUUGGUAGAGGAGGCUCUAAAGGACCUUCAAGAUAGAAAUGCCACUGAAAAAGAAGUUAGGCUAGCUAUGAGAAUUCUAGGUAUUGAGAGGGCAAGGCUACAUGGAUGGCCAAACACAUACUCAUUCACAAAAUCAAUGGGAGAGAUGCUUUUGGGACACCUCAAGGAGGAUCUCCAACUCAUUAUUCUCCGGCCAACGAUUAUAUUGAGCACCUACAAGGAGCCAUUCCCUGGAUGGAUUGAAGGAAUGAGAACCACGGACACGUUCAUUGUUGGCUAUGGUAAAGGAAAACAGAAAGUUGCAAUGGGUGGCAGAGACACCAUAACAGAUGUGAUUCCAGCAGAUAUGGUUGUGAACUCAGUCAUUGCAGCUAUGGUAGCCCAUCGAAAUCCAUCGUCCCGAACAACUGUUUACCAUAUUAGCUCGUCUAGGAGGAAUCAAAUCAAAAUUGAUGAUUUUAUACAAAAUGGCGUUGAUUACUUCAAGAAGAAUCCAUGGAUAAAUGAAAGAGGAAAGCCAGUCAAAGUGAAGCAAUUUCACUUACUAGAUAGCAUGGAUAGUCUUCACAAAUACAUAGCAAUCCACUACAUGCCAUCAUUAAAGAUAUUAAAGUGGGCAAACUUUAUACUUUGCCGACAUUUGCAAGUCCAGCAGACAAACUUACAAAGAAGGAUCAAUCAUGCCAUUCGACUAGCUGAACUCUACAAGCCUUACGUGUUCUUCAAAGGAAUUUUCGAUGAUACGAAUGCUGAAAUGUUGCGAAUGGCAACAAGAGAAAGCAAUGCAGAUGAUACAUUCAAUUUUGAUCCGACAACCAUUCAGUGGGAUAAAUACUUGAAGGAAACUCACAUACCCGGAUUAGUAAAGUACAUUUUCUAAGAAAACAGAUUUUUUUUUAAUAAAGCAAGUUCUCUAAAUCCAAAUAAAAAGUUGUGUUGCUGCUUAAAUUCCAUUAUGUUGUUUUCUAAUCCGUUCAAUAAACUAUUCACAUUAUUAUAAUUUAUACUAUGUAAUAAUAUUGAAUCAGAAGAAUAUAUAGCUAA